AUGGCACUUCAAGAUAUAGUAGAUAUUCGCCUUCGAGAAGUUCAAAAACGAUUAGAAAACAGACAUGUCACCGUUGAUGUGGAUGAACAUGCUAAGGCCUGGUUAGCGGAGAAAGGCUAUGACCCAGCCUAUGGAUCUAGGCCAUUAAAUAGAUUGGUUCAGAAGAGGAUUCUAAAUCCACUGUCUAUGUGUUUGAUAGAG